AAAGAGAUCAAAUGAAGAGGACCCCUCCCACAAAAAAAAGAAACCUAGCCGCCAGAGAACGGACUCCCCUCCUGGCCGUUUCCACCAUCUCCAGAUCGGACCCUUCCCCCUUACUAAAAAAAAAACCCUAGCAACCAUUGUCUUAUUCUUCUUCACCUAGCUAGAAGCCGCCGCCCCCAGAAUCCUACCUCCCUCUUUUAGAACACGCAUCUGUAGACACACACACAUUCAGAGAACGGAGAAGCACAUUUCGCUAGCAUUUGGUGUCGAUUUUUUCUGGUUUUGCUGAAGAAACUAUGUUGCUGUUAUCCUCUGCUGAAAGCUUGAAGUUCGGCUCCUAUUUCCAGCUCUUGUUUGGUCGUUUAGCACAGUUUUACUGCGUUUAGGUCAUGGCUUCACGCACUGCCACACAUGCCAUGCCAAAUCCCCCUCUAUAAGGUACUCUCACAGGCCCAUCACAGCCCAACACAUGCAACAACUUCAUCCUACUGCAAAUAAAUUCGCCGGAAUCCGCCAAGCGCCACCAGAAAUGGCGUCAAUAGUAUCAGAAACGGUUCCAAAGUUCACUGCUGAAGCACUCAAAUCCGCAGCUAAACAAUCUGAACGUUGCCAUAUUGUUCCUCUCCGCCUUCGUAGAGCUAUCAAAAAGUACCUCCGAGAGCAAGAGGAGCCACAUAUGAAGAGAAAAGUGUUGAGGUUAUCAGAAUCAUUCAGCCAAAUAAAGGAAGUGAAUUUGAUGCUGCCAACCUCCACAUCCAAGGAGCUUGUUGAAGAUCCUCUGAAGUCUGUUGAAUGUUCACAGCGGUGGAAAAUUAAAAGCGCCUAUGGUGACAUUGGCCUCAAGUAUAGGGAGGAUGAAACAGUGGCCUAUGUGGCGUCCCGUAUGCCUGCCGUCUACUCUGCUCUUUAUAGAGUGCUUAGUGAGGUUCGUAGAAGAUUGCCUGGGUUUUCACCAGCUAAGGUGUUGGAUUUUGGGGCUGGGACUGGUUCUGCAUUUUGGGCACUUAGAGAAGUGUGGCCACGGUCAUUGAAUAGAAUUAAUUUGGUGGAGCCAUCACAGUCCAUGCAGCGUGCUGGACAGAGCCUUAUAAAAGGUCUUAAAAAUUUGCCACUCAUUCAAAGUUAUGGAAGUAUUCAAGCACUCUCUCAGGAUGUCAAAAAGAGUGACAGACAACAUGAUCUUGUGAUUGCUUCAUAUGUACUUGGAGAGAUUCCAUCUCUGAAGGACAGAAUCACGGUUGUGCGGCAGCUCUGGGAACUGACAGGAGAUGUUCUG